AUGUCAGAAUUUUGUCGGCUGAUGCAUAGCUGUAAUGUACUGUUUCAGGAAAGUGUGUUAGAGCGAUGUGGUGACGCAAUGGCUGAGAAUAUAUUGCCGAACAAUGUGUUGCGAUAUCUCAAUCUUGCGGAAAUGUAUGGUCUCCCACAGACGCUAUUUUGGCAUUGGUGGUUUGGUUUAACCAAUCAUUUGCAGAAAUGCUGGCGAUGGACAGGUUUCAACAAUGGUGUGGAUAUAGUAAUGAACAUGUCGCAUGGAGUCCUCACUAUGAAAAGAAAUUGUCUCAGUCAAGCGACACCAUACUCAAUCAAUUUGAAGAGUGAGCGUGUUGUUCAUUAUCGCGUUAUCAUCUCGGAUGGGACCGGAGCUUGUCUUUUUGACAGUACAAAGCAGAGUAUUCCUUUGAGAUUAGACCAGAGUGUGGUUGUGGCGCGUCUAGGAGACGACAUUGCACUUCCAGUGUCUGUUCACCUUCUCUAUCUAGCAGCUCAGCCGGCACCGCCCUCAUUUCUUUAUGUGAAUCAGUAUAUCAAAGAUGUGGUAAAAAGAGAAGAUAUCGAGGUCAUGUGA